AUGCUUCUGCCCUCUAGAGAUCAUAACCUGAAUUGUUAUUAGGGACAUAUUUUCUUAACCUCUUCAUCUACGCCAUAUCUAACGUGAUUGUCUGUGUCGGUGAGGUUAUAACAAUUCAUUUUAGAGAGCAUCUCAAAGAUGUCGGUUUUCCGUGUGUCUUCAAAAUUUUCACGAAUUUUUGGGCAUCAACUUAGAUACAAAUCUUUACAGAUAAAGUCACGUGGAUAUGCCGACGCACAAAUGCCUGUUACUUUUGCUUCACCUACCAAGAUAUUUUAUGAUCAGGUAAACAUAAAGCAAGUGGAUGUACCAUCAUACAGUGGUAGCUUUGGUAUUUUACCAAACCAUGUUCCAGUGAUAGCCAUGUUAAAACCUGGUGUUGUAACUGUCUACGAACAAGAUGGUUCUACUAACAAGUUUUUUGUAAGUAGCGGCUCUGUAACAAUUAAUGAAGACUCUUCUGUUCAAGUCUUGGCUGAAGAAGCUGUCCCAGUUGAAAACCUUGAUCAACAGGCAUGUAGGGAAGGGCUCCACAAGGCCCAGCAAGAUCUUGGAUCUGCAACUACUGACGAGGCCAGAGCAGAAGCUCAGAUUGCUGUAGAGGUCCAUGAAGCACUGGUCAAAGCAGUUGAAUAAAAUGUGUUAAUUAUGAAAAUAGUUAUACUUUUAAAACAAUAACAAAAAAUUGUGAGAAUAGAUUAAGUAAUAAAAUUCUUUUCUCUAUAGACACUCAAAAAGAACUAGUUUGGAGUUGCACUCCAGGUCAUGUAGUGUUGUCUAUUAAAAAUACAUUGAUUCUUUUGUUUAGUCAUAUUGUAAAAAAAAUCAAUAAUGAUAUUAGAUAACUUUUUUUAGUAAUUUUUGGCACCCUGUAUCAAGACCCCAUCAUACUAGAAAUGUAGCAAGAUGAACUUGUUCAAUGUGAAUGGUUUAAUGUAAUAGCAUUAUAUAUAAUUUGAAUUGAUAACAUAAAUCUUGAAUUAAUGCUUUUCAUGCUGUGAACACAUUUUUGGUAUAAAGUGCACAUCUGCUUAUCCAAUUUCUAGUAAAAAUAAAUUGAGAUUUUAUAACAUUUAUUUAACUUCCGAAAAAAAUUAAGAAAACAAUGUUCAAACUUAGAUAUCUGUAAAGCUCCAAGGAAUUUCAUCCAUAAACAAUGCAUUUAUGAA